AUGACGGUUGACAAGAGGCCAGAAAACAGAGCAAUAAUUAACUCUGAGAUUAUGGCCAUCAUCCAAGAAUUUAUGGAGUUCUUUGACGUUUGGGGCGUGGGGGCGCUGGGGCCCCCUGCCUCAGUGAGGCCGCUCGCCCACUGCGGGGCUGCUGCUGGGCUUGCUGGGAGCGAUCCACCGGCGCUGCUCCACUGGGGAGGACGUCAGCGCGGUAACAGUGCCGUGGCCCCCCCCCGUCUGCUGCGGGGGAUGCUGGACCCCCCCCCACCCCUGCUGCCCGCGGCCACUGUGUGGAAGGCUUCUCCCGCCUUGGCCUGCGGAAAGGCUGCGGCACCGAACUUCCAGCCCGUCUCAGCCGCUCAAAGGGCGCCCUGGGAGGAGCCGCUUCCUUAUCGCCGCCGUCCGCGCUCCGUCCCCAGCCAGGCCCUGGGAGAAAGGGUCACCGAGCGCUGGCCGGGCGUCCGGAAAGGGCGGGGACGGCCCUGGCAGCACUGGCACCGCUCGCCGGGCCGCAUCCAGGCGUCUUCGGGCACGGGAGGCAUGGCCGGGCGUUGCGGGAGCUGGAAGUACAUUCUGGGGGGCGUGCUGGGCGCAGCUGCGGUGCUGACUGCGGGGCUCCUGCUGGGGCACUAUGCCAUCCCCAAGGCGCCGGGCCCCGCUGAGUGGGUCCACAGCCUCUCCAGAGACCUGGACCCAGCUCUGCUGGAAGACUUCAUGGCCCAGGUGGAGGCCAGCCGCAUCCGGGAGAACCUCAAGACCCUCUCCUCGAAGCCCCACAUGGCCACCACGAAGGGGGAUGAAGAGCUGGUGCAGCUACUGCUGAGCCGCUGGCGGGACCCCGGCUUUGGCCUGGACCAGGCCACGGAGGCCCGGUAUGACGUCUUCCUCUCCUUCCCUGACCCGGAGAAGCCGAACAGUGUGGCGGUGGUGUUGCCAAACGGCACCCGGGCCUUUGUUUCCAGGGAAUCGGAGGAACCGCUCAGGCCAGACCAGGCCGACAAGGACGUGGUGAAGCCCUACGCAGCUUACGCACCCCCAGGAAACCCGAAGGGGAGGCUGGUUUAUGCGAACCAGGGCAAAAUGAGCGAUUACCAGGAGCUGCUGAAACAGAACAUCACCCUUAACGGCACCAUUGCCAUAACCCGCUACGGAGGGGCUGGCCGAGCAGCCAAGGCGAUCAAUGGGGCCCACUUUGGCGUGAUUGGCGUGGUGGUGUACACCGAUCCCAUGGACAUCAAUGACGGAAAAGCCUCGCCGGAGGACACCUACCCCCACUCAUGGUACAUGCCCCCCUCCGGGGUCGAGAGGGGCUCCUACAACUCUCAUUUUGGAGACCUGUUGACGCCUUAUUAUCCGGCCAAAGAUUUCACCUACAGGAUCCCGGAGGGCGACAUUCCCGGGAUUCCUCCAAUCCCCACCCAGCCCAUUGGCUUUGAAGAUGCCAGGACACUGAUCUGUAACCUGGCUGGCCCGAAGGCAGCGGAUUCUUGGCAGGGAGCCUUGGGAUGCCCCUACCAUCUUGGACCAGGCUUCCGGCAAAACGGCUCGUUCCCGGCACAAAGCGACGUCCAGGUGAGCGUCCAUAACCAGAGGCGGAUCAACGCCUCCUCCAACGUGAUGGGGCUGAUUCGCGGGAGCGUUGAGCCCGACCGGUACGUCCUGUACGGCAACCAUCGGGACAGCUGGGUGCACGGCGCCAUCGACCCCAGCAGUGGGACGGCGGUGAUGCUGGAGGUCACGCGGGUGCUGGGGAAGAUGGUGAAGGAAGGGAAGUGGCGCCCCCGGCGGUCCAUCAUUUUCGGCAGCUGGGGCGCGGAAGAAUUUGGUCUCAUUGGCUCAACCGAGUACACAGAGGAAUUUUACAGCAAACUCCAAGAGCGCAGCGUAGCCUAUAUCAAUGUGGACAUCGCGGUGUUUGCCAACGCCACUUUGAGGGUUCAGGCGACUCCACCGGCUCAAAGUGUUAUCUUUGCAGCAACUCAGCAGGUCAAGACACCAGCAGAUCAGUCCGUGACCGUGUAUGAAAACUGGAAGCGCCACUUCAACCGAAGCAGCCCUGCCUAUGGAGUCAUCCCCAGCCUCGGGUCUCUGGGUGCCGGAAGCGACUUUGCCGCAUUCAUUCAUUACCUGGGCAUCACCUCCAUGGACAUCGCUUACACCUACGAUCGGAGCAAGACCUCCGCACGCAUCUACCCCGCCUACCACACGGCCUUUGACACCUUCGACUAUGCCGAGAACUUCAUCGAUCCAGGCUUCACCAGCCACCAGACCGUGGCACGGACAGCAGGUAACGUCCUGCUGCGCCUGGCGGACGCCUUGGUCUUGCCGCUCAACCCCAGCGACUACGGGGAGACGCUCCAGCAGAUGUGCAGCGCAGCGGAGCAGGCUUUCCAGGCAGAGCUGGCCAGCCAGAACAUCUCGCUGGUCCCGCUUAAGAAUGCAGUUGACCGCUUCCAGGCCGCGGCUGCCGGUCUUAACCAGCGCGUAGAAAACCUGCGGAAAGAGGAGUCUCCCAGCCCCCUCCAGGUGCGGGCGGUGAAUGACCAGCUCAUGCUGCUGGAAAGGGCAUUCCUGAACCCCCGGGCCUUCCCUGAUAAGUAUUACUACAGCCACACCCUCCUGGCCCCCAAGUCGUCCGCCGUCGCCACGUUCCCGGGCCUGGCCGACGCCGUCGAGGGCGCCAGGCAGCUGGGCCAGUGGGGCCGCGUCUGGGAGCACCUGACGAUCGCUGUCCAGGCGAUCGAGAACGCAGCUUCUACCCUUGAACCCGUGGCCGAAUAA